AUGUCGGCGGCUAACGGGCGGAUGAUGAUGACCUGGGUUUGGCCCGCUUUGGUGCUUCUAGCCCGGUUCACCACGGCAGAGGAACCGCGUCGGGACGCACACGGAGCUUUGGCCGGCUCUGAGGCGCUGUUCUCGGACUCCGAGCCGCCGAUGGAGACCCGCAGCGGAGGAGGCUUCCUGCCGGUGCCGGUGUGGAAGUUUGUGAAAGAUGCUGCAGACGAAUCAGAUUUGGGCCGACCACAGUUUCUCUGCAGCAACACGUCCCUCUCUGUUCGCUUGUCGCUCAUCCGACACUCUGACCUGCGUCUGCAAGAUGGGAGGAGGUUGCCGUCGCUGCAGCAGGGAUGUGGUGGUUCUGUUGGGACCGUGGGGCCGUGGCUGCUGCUGAAGCUGCCUUACACCAGCUGCCAUGUGGCAUCACAGGUUUCAAACGGAACGUGGUUCCACCAGCUGAAGCUGCGUUACUUCGACCACCUGCUGCGGGAGAACAUGACAGCUGUGGUCACCUGUGAGGAUCCUGCAACGUUGAGCCUGCCAGCAGUGAGCUGCCAGAGCACAGAUGUGGCUGUGAAACUGCCUCUGGGAAGCAGACUGCAGAAGGUGAAGGCUCUGGGGAAAGACGUGGUGGUUGGGAGGGUGCAGACCAGCACUACUCCAGGACCAGUGUUGGUGCAGAUCUCCACACCGGCAGACAAGGACUCCACGUUUGAAGUGAUCUAUUUGGACUCGGCUGGGGAGAUGUGCACGAUGCUGGCGGCUUGUUUCAGUGCAGCCAGAGGAGAUGGGCCGGAUCGUCAGCGUAGAGCUCUGCAGGACCAGGUGGUGAAUCCUCGUCAUUGGCACAGUGUGGAACCCCGACAGGUGAGAGGAAACUGAAAUGUGAGGAGCAGAACCUCCAUGUUGGAGACUCUGCUAAUGCAGCUGUCAAAUGUAAUCCUACAGAUGGCAGACAACUCCUCAGAAUACCUGGAUGCAUCGGAUGACUCUACUGAUGAGGAUGAUGAAGAGUACGAUGAAUAUGAGGAGUCAGAUGAUGAGUUGGGUGACUACUUGGAUGAAGAGCAGUUGGAUGACCCCAACAACACAACAGCUGACAUGACUGAUACCCAGAUGAACUCCACAACAGUAACUGAAGCUGA